AUGGAUCUGUACCUUAUGAGCUCACCAAUGCAGCUUACGCAGCCAUUUUUGUCCGAACCUGUGCGUUCUGCCCAUGGCAACAUCGACUCUUCUCAGUUGUCUGGUCCGCGAGAUCUAAGCCCUGGUGGAUACGAGAAUCUUGACUUUGCUGCGGACUUACCAGACUUUCUGACUGAUCAUAGCUUGCAUUUGCCGGAGUCUGACUUGCACUCUUACCAUGGACGCCUGCCUGAGAUGUUGCUGACCCCCUACACUGGACGUCUCCAUUAUGGACAUCUGCGUAACGUCUCGAUCGAGGAUCCAAACUACAGGCAGACAAUUGGCACUAGAGGUCAUUCACAUUCCCUCUCCAUGGUUCUGAAUCUGGCUGAUCCUCCAUCUCAAAUACCUCACUCACAUUCCUCCUCUACGUUCCUCCUGGUAGACCUGGUUCCGCCUCUUCUGCUGCUGGUUUCAAACCAGCUGCUAGCAGAUUCGCCGUUCUCUGCUGUUGCUUGUGCAACUACUCCCGGAAGACGUGGUGUGUCAAAGUCUUUCUCUCUGAGUAAUUUCUUUGCAACUCCUUCACGGACUAGCCACUCGCCUGGAGUAAAGGUAGGCAAAACACCUUUAAAGGGUCAUAGAAGAACGCGGUCGAAGGUCGUUGAAGUUGGAAGUUCCAAUCUCUUGGCAACGAUAGCGAACAUGAAAAGCUCCAGUAUCAACCAUGUUCCCUACGAAGGCGACACAAGUCUUAUGAGCAAUCCUUUUGACACAACGCUCGUAUCUCCGCGCGUAGACAAUUUGAGCGACUACGAUGCAACGCCAUUGACAACCCCUGCGAAGUAUUUGAGUUCCGGAAAUAUAUCAGCGCAAUACUUUACGCCAGAUGCUCGCCCCAUUUCCCACAGCAAUAAUUUUGGCGGUAAUUUGGAUCCAAAUGAGUUAUCACAGCUGCGACCAAGUUUUGCACAAUCCUUCUCCUCAUCUCAAAACCUCAAAUUAGGCCUUCCUCGCUCAGAAACAUUGGACUCGAUAAACAUCGAGGAUCAAGAAGACGAUGCAUGCAAGCAAUUGAGAAAAGCGAAAUCGUUCACUACGGUUUACGAUCCAAAUCUGGCUGUCAACAGGACAACGAGUCUGCGGAACAUACGCUUGGAUGAAUACCUCGCAAGCUCGCCAUCUAAGGCUCAUGAGCCUCCCGUGGGUAUGAGCUCCCAUAAUGAGAAUAUUGACCUCUUGCUGUCCGAGCCUUUCAAUACGCGCAAAAAGGGUGGCCUUUCAUCUUAUCCAGCUUCAAUAGACCUUGCUUCCAUCACCAGACAGGAACCGCAGCUGGCGCCUAUUUACACCAACGUUGGAGGCCCAAAUGGACUUUUGCCCCCUAUGGCUACAAUGAGAUCCGCGCCAGCUGUGCCUACUCUCAAAAACCCCCUCACACACGAAGACUCGCCUCAUGACCAGUCUGUAAGCUCUGCUUCCACCCCAAACUUGAAUUAUUCCACAAAUCUGUCAUCAACCAAUCUAAAAAGAUACGGAAGAACUGGCGGAAAGGUAGGAACUCCUUCAUUGAGUUAUCCUUCUGCAAUGGAAAUUCAAGAAGCUUCGACCACCCAAGAAAUUGCCAACUUUGCCGAGAAGAUUUUGAAUUCUGAUUUGAAGAGGCCAAUCGUUGUCCAAGAAGACUCUAAAGACUCUUUGGACCCAAAGAAAAAACAUCAAUGUCCGUUGUGUUUUGCUCGUUUUCAACGCCCAGAACAUGUCAAGCGUCAUUUAAAGAGUCAUUCCAAUGAAAAACCGUUUGCUUGUGACUAUCCUGAUUGCAACAGACGUUUUAAUCGGAAAGACAACCUCAAAGCCCAUCUUAAAAAGAUACACAAAAGAGUGUUUUAG